CCCUCCCUUCGACUUCGCCAUCGCAAAAAAUCCUCACUCGCGAUGGCGAAGAUGCUCACGGGCUACGGAUUGGAUGUGAAGGUGGAGCAUGAGACCGUGCCGCCUUCCCCGGGCUCCUUCGCCAGCGAGGACAGCGAUCGCCUGGACCUCUUCACCGAGUCCCUGCAGCGCUUGAGCCAUCAGGUGAGGCAGCAAGAAGAUCGGCAGCUGGCCUACCAUCACCAGAUGGUCAGGAUCCAAGGAACAUUGCAAAGCCUGCAGGAGGAUCGUGAAACGAGCUUCGGAGGGGCAUCGGCAGCUAGGCUGCAGACGCUGGAGCGGGGCCAGGCGGCCGUGGCCGCGGGGGCGCAGCGCGCCAUGCAGCUCGCUCUGAAGGCCGCAGAGGCGCAGCAGGCCAUGUGCGAGCAGCAGGAUGAGCUGCAGGGCCGGUGCAGCUUCGAGGGGCGCCGGGGCAAGGAGCAGCUGGAGCUCCUGGAGCGGCGCUUCACGCAGCUGGAGGAGGAGCUGGACAAAGUCAAGCCCCAGUCCCAGCAGCUCGCCAGGAUGGACCAGCACGAGGCCUCGCAGCGACGCUCGGAGCAGCGUUUGGAGCGGGCGCUGGAGGAGCUCGACAGCCGCAUCGCCCAGGAGGUGAAAGACUGCAGCCAGCGCGUCACACGACUCGAAACCCUGGCCCGGGAGGAGAGCUCCAUCCAGGCUUGCGAGCGGAUCGAGCGGCAGAUGGCCGCGCACGAAGAGGCUGGACGUGUCCACAAGGAGCGCUUAGCGCGACUGGAAGCCAUGCUGGAAGCACAGAAGAAGGAGCUGGAGGCCCAUGAGUGCAUCCAGCCGGAGCCGAACAUGCAGAGCCAGGAGCGCUUGGGCUUGCUGGAAGAGACGGUGCGAAAGCAUGGCCAACAGCUCGAGGCCACAGACGUGGCCUUGGCAGACCUGCAGACUAUGGCCGGAGAGUCCCUGCUGGGAGGCUGCCUCGAGGGCGACGGCGAGGGCAGUGAAGAUCUGGCCUUCGAGGGUCUGGCGAUGCGGGCCAAGAUGCAGCAGGAGGCCAUCAGCCGCUUGGAGGAGCAGAUGCAAAGGUUCUUGCCAAAGACGCAGGACAAGGAGGAUGUUGAAGCAAAGUCGGAGGAAGUCCAUGACAAGCCCAACACAGGCGUGGCGGAGCUGCGACGGCGGGUGGAAGAUCUGCAAGAGGUGCUGGACGAGCAGCGGCUCACGCAGCUGCGACAGAUGGCCACGUCGCUGCCGGAGCUGGGCGCGCAAAUGCAGCGCCUGGGGAUGCAGCAUGCCGAGGUGGCCGCGAAGACGGAAUCGUUCGAGGUGCGCUUGGACCUCACCCGGACGAACCUGGAGACGCAGGAGCAGCGUCUUCAGUCGCUGGGCGAGCGCGUGGAUCGCGCUUUGGACCGGCAGGGCCCAGGCAAGCGCGAUUGGAUGCGAGAAUCAGCGGGAGAGGGAGGUGCACCCAUUCUUCUGGAGAGGCAGAACAAGAUGAAGUCGUUGAAGCAGGUUCACUUCGACGCGGUGCUCCCGAAAGAAAUGGACGUGAGUUUCGAGCCGAAGAUUGCGCCGGCGACAAAGCUCUCCACCGAUGCGGCGAAGGUCCUUCAGAAAGUGGAGGAUCUUGCCAAAGAAGCCAAGCACCGCAGGGAAGACACAUGCAAGCCAGAAGCUGAAGCGCAGGCAGUUCUGUCUGGAGAUGAUCCUUUGCCGGAGUCUCCGGCAGCGCGAACCUCCAUCUCGGACUUCACUGGCUGCUGAACGGCGGGUGAGACAUCCGUUUUUUUCCAGCGGCCAUCCGAGAGCAAAUGGAGUCCAAAACGCCUUUGGUUUGAUUUGGG